AUGCCCAAAUGUGAAAAUCUAAAAUAUCCAAAAACAACUCCCGCAAACAUUAACGUUAGUUACUCAAAAUGGGAAUUACCUCAUGAUUUUUUACAAGAACUAUAUUGCUUCGUCACAAAUUCACCAACCAACGAGAAAUCUCAUCGUCAUGAAGUAAUAUUUACUGUAACAAAUCAUGGGCAGAUACACUUUGCUAAGAAUUGGUAUUGCAGCUUAAUAAGCACUGGUUUCAAUAAAAAUUCAAUAAUUAUUAUCGCAGUUGAUAAGAAGUCUUACACAGAGCUUAGGCAAAUGAAUAUACCAUCUAUAUACUUACCAUCCAAUUUUACAUCAGAUUGCGUAAAUAACCAGAAAAUCAUUCUGUUUUAUGAAAUUGUAAAGCUUAGACCAACAAUUCUACAUCAGUUACUUCUAUGGGAUGUUGAAACAAUACUCUCAGACGCAGAUAUCGUUUUCUUCAAAAAUCCAAAUGAAAUAUUUAAUAGAAAAACAGAUUUUGAAGUACAAUCCGAUAGUAAAUUCUUCUAUAAUUAUGAUAUAUAUCAUGAAUACACUAAUAAUACUAGUGAAUAUAAAUGGGCUGUAAAUCUUGGAUUUUACAAAGUUUAUCCAACAGAAGAAGUCUUAAAAAUCAUACAAAUAUGGUUCCCAUUAAUGUAUAAUUCUCCAAAGCUUGUUGAUCAAAAAGCUUUUCGUAAUUCUCUAAAAUUAAAUAGAAUAAUUAUGAAUACAGAAGAUGGAUUAGUUUCUGUAUCUAAAAAUAGUAAUUCUAAGAUAUACAUACAUGUUCUUGAUCCUAUGCUUGCUGUAAAUGCAGGAGGAAUCUAUCAAGAUGGAAAAAUAAAUUGGAGAUCUGAAGCAAAAAGACGAAAUCUAACUGAACCUGUUCUUUGUCACUACUUCCAUCUAGGAAGUAACAAAGCAAAGUAUUCAUUGAUGAUCCAGAAUAACCAGAUCUUUUUCAAAGGAAAUCAAUGUAUUAUUCCAAAAGGUAACACUUUUCCUGCUUGGAAUUAA